AUGUCGGCGUCCACCUCACAAGCGCUCGACUACCUGGAGGGACUUACACAGAUCACUCACCAGAAGCUUUAUGAGCAGCCAUCCACGGCUCUGGCCGUGUUCCGAUGCAUGUUGCCUCAUUUAGCGAAGACUAUUGUCAUGGCCAUGCUUUACAUGCCGCGCGCAUUCACGAUCGGCGACCUAGACCAUUGGAUUCGCGCGGACUCCAAAUCGGACAAAGACAAGGCAAUCUCGGUUCUCCAAUCCCUCCACAUUAUAAGUCACAGCCAGGAGUCCUCGAAGUCCCUCUCAUAUCGACUCGAAAGCGGUUUCGCGAACUCGCUCAGACAGGCUCUUACCGGUGGAGGCAACCACAAGUCUUUCGGUGUUCCGAGCAGUGCUCCGGACAAGAGCGAUGUCGAUAUCGCGUUUCUUGACCAGUUUGCGCGGAAGCAGUGGGAGGCGAUUCUAUACUUCAUGGUCGGGUCUACGAGUGGACUGAGGGACAGCACAGGCCUAGGAGAGACUGUAGGUAACGGGACAAGAAAGCUUCUUGAGCUCGGAGACUUCGUGACGCGUGCGAACCACGGGACGAUUACGAAGACUGGCUUUACAUUCCUGCUACAAGAGGCCAAUGCCCAAGUCUGGAGCCUACUGAUCGUAUACCUAAAGCAAGCGCCAGAGCUCGGCAUGAACGAAGUCGACGUCCUCUCCUUCAUCUUCAUGCUGGGCAGCCUCUCCCUCGGCCAGGACUACAGCACCGCCAACCUCUCCCCCACCCAGCUGCAAAUGCUCGAAGACCUCAACGACUUCGGCAUCGUCUACCGCAGCUCCAAAGCCUCCUCCCGCUUCUACCCCACCCGCCUCGCCACGACCCUGACCUCGGACGCCGGCGCGCUGCAAACCGCCUCCGCCGACUUCACCAACGCCCUGCGGCCCUCGUCGCACGCCGGCGCCGGCUACAUCAUCGUCGAAACCAACUACCGCAUCUACGCCUACACCUCCUCACACCUCCAAAUCGCCGUCCUGUCCCUCUUCGCGCGCCUCUCCUCGCGCUUCCCCAACCUCGUGUCCGGCAAGCUUACCAAGGACAGCAUCCAGCGCGCCAUCAAGCUCGGCAUCGAGGCCCGCCAGAUCAUCGACUACCUGACCGCGCACGCGCACCCGCAGAUGCAGAAGAACAACCCUGUCCUGCCGCCCACCGUCAUGGACCAGAUCCGCCUGUGGGAGUACGAGGGCGAGCGCAUCGAGGCCACGCACGGCCACCUCAUGAAGGACUUUAGCAGCGAGAAGGAGUAUCUCGACGUGCUGCAUUAUGCCGAGUCGCUCGGCGUGUUGACGUGGAAGAGCGAUCAGAAGAGGGUGUUUUUUGUGGAUCGCAUUGAGCAGAUUUCGGCGUAUUUGAAGAGUAAGAAGGAGAAGAAGUAG